CUUUUGGAAACCGCGCAACAAGCGGCAGCAGGCGCCGGUCGCGGCUCUCUCGUGAACUCUUCGCGGCUUCGGACGGCUUCCUAAUUCAUCUAAGUUUGUCCGUUCCUUUAUUCAAACCAGCUGGAGAAGUUACCGGCGGCGGGACUUUUUGUAAGGUUAGGUGUCCUGGUGAAGUCUCAUCAGCAAGCGGGACGGGGUUGAGCGCUCCGUGUCUAUUUAGGGGGGUGUGACAGCACUCUUCAUACAGCUGUGCCGGCCGGCCGGGCUUGUUUUUCUGAACAGGUUGUUUUUAGUGAGCUGUGGGACAGAACCGAGUCAUGGUCCUGUUCUGACACUGGAUUUACCGGCCGGAACCAACUGCUUGAAUUUGAUCCGAAUGAACUGCGAACCUCAGGCUCGGUUCAAUUCCAUCUUCUAUCAAAUAUGGAAACUUUAAAAGACAGCUUGUGGAUGACAUGAAUGACAAACAGGACAGGCCUUAUGUGUGCGGCGCCCCCGGCUGCUCUCAGCGCUUCCAGCUAGAGGAGCACCUGCUCAUUCACAGACACAAGCAUGAGAUGACCCUCAAGUUCCCCCCGAUAAAGACGGACAUAAGUUUUUCAGACCAGACUCCGACCCCAACGCGAUUUCUGCAGAACUGUGAAGAGGUUGGUCUGUUCAAGGAGAUCGAGGAGGAGUUUCUCCAAGCCCAGGAAGAGGAGAAUAACAAACAGAUGCUGUCUCAUAAUGGGCCGACUUGUAUGAAUCAGCAGCAUCUAAAACCCCAGCUGCAGCUUCAGCACCCUCCCCAGCCGCCGCUCAGUCAUCCCCAGGCCCCGCUGCAUCAUCCCCAGGGCCAUGGCCCAAUGAUGGCACCGAGCUGCAGCCUGGCCGCCCAGCAAGCACUGUCCUGCUCCUCCGGCGCCUCGCAAUCUGGAUCGGUGAUCACCCAGGCUCCCUCCACCUUAACACAUUCAGGGCCGGCUCCCGGGGCGCUGUCCUGCCUCCUUCAAAUGCGGAACAGACACAGACAACCUCUGCCAGCCUCAUUACCUGGCACCUUGCCAGACCCCGCCAUGCAAGGGGCAUCUGCUCAGCACAUGACCAUAGAAAAGCAGAUGUCUUGUGCAAUGGGCAUACCAGCUCCUGUUCAAAACCCGUCCUGUUGUUCUCCUCAGAGACCCAAACAGAUGGUGGGGCAUCAUUACUCUCAUCAACACCCGGGAAUGCUCGCCAUCAACAAUCCUGUGACACCCAUGGGUCACAUGAUGGAGAUGAUGUCGCAGCGUCACCACGCCCCUCCACUUCAGCAACAGCAACACCACCAUCCUCAUCAUCCCCACCUCCCUCAUCACCAUCAUCAUCACCAACCCAAUCAACCGCCACAGCUUGCAGCUCCGCCCCACACCUACCAGCAGCGAUGCCACGCUCCACCUCCACAGCACCUACGAAGCACUCAGAGCCUCCAGCUUCACCAGUCAGGGAACGCAGCACACUCUCAUUCUCACCAGUCACCGCCAUCACGCCUGCACCAGAACUCCCCACCUGCACCCCCACUAUCCGCCCCACCGCAGUUAUCACCAGUUGCACAACAGAUGCAACCAUCCCACUCUCAGCAUGCAGCACAGGCAAGCUGUAGCGGCAGCAGCAGCAGCGGGGGCAGCGGCGGAGGGGGAGGAGGAGAAGGCGGCAGCCGUCGAAGAAGAUCGGCUGAGCAGGACCCCGACGAGCGCAGGCAAAAGUUCCUGGAGCGCAAUCGGGCCGCAGCAACCCGCUGCCGACAAAAGAGGAAACUGUGGGUGUCGUCACUGGAGAAGAAGGCAGAAGAGCUUACGCACACAAACCUACAGCUGCAGAACGAGGUGACGUCACUGAGGUCAGAGGUUGGCCAGUUGAAGCAGAUCCUGCUCACCCACAAGGACUGUCCCGUCACUGCUCGGCAGAGGGAGGCGCAGGGGUACCCCACUGCAGGGGUGAGUCCAGAAGGGAGUCCCACCCCUGCAGACCCUGAGACUCAGCCACACGCCAUCCAGCACAACAGCGUUUCCACCUCCUCGACAGUCGGAUGUGACAACGGGCACGGCCCCCUCUCUGGACUCUAAACCCCCCUUGCUACAGAUAAUAGCGCUGAACUCGACGAGUGGAUUCAUAAAUCCACAAGGACUCAAAGCUGUUUUACCGGCAUCAUCAGCAGCCCUUUUUUUUAAUAUCAGGUGCUAAAGCAAGCCUUGUUUGCAAAGCUCUGGUGUCAACUUUGACUCUUGUGUUGAUGAGGAAAAUAUCUGGGGCUGUUUACAUGAAUCCAACCUGCACUUCUAACUCACGGGUGAUCCAAACACAGACAAUCUCUGCAUGUUUUGCACUAACUUUAAUAAAACAAUUCCUGAGCGGUACGUUUAUGUACACAGGUUGGAGAAAGAAAAUAUUUUACAAAAAAAAAAUAACAUAAAAUAAAAAUAUAAAGUAACCUGGGUUCAAUUUAAUCUAAAACAAAAAAAUUAUGGGACUUCUUUUUGUAAAGGUACAUCCCCUCCAAACACACCAUUUC